GAAAAUAUCUGAUAUUGAAAUUGAGGAUAUUCAUCCUUUACUUGCAAUUAAGAAUGGUGGUGAUUUAAUUUUCAAGGACGAUGUAGCAUUGAAGCCUUCAAAGCUUUUUGAUGAAUUAAUGGAAAGGACAUUCCGGCAUUAA